AUGCGGGAGACAACGACGACGAUCCGAACAACCACAACAUUCUGGCUUCUUGCCGUUCAACCCGCUAUUAUUAUGGCUGACACUUGUUUAAGUCAACCUCAACUAGUCGGCGUUGUAUUCGGCUCUGUUGGUGCUACAUUAGCCAUAUGUAUAGGGAUUGCAACCGUUUUCUGGAUAGUUUUAAGGAGAAGCGAAAACUCUACAAAAACUGUCGAGACAGGUAUGACAAAUGGUUUGUGUGACAUUGAAGGAAAAAAUUGUGGAACUCAAGCGAAAGUUUCACAACGUGACCAGGUGACAAUGAUCGAUUCCUUUAAAUUACCAAGGAAACUUCUCGACACCGGUACACAAAAAUCAUUUUCCGUUGAAAAUGUGAACGAGGCUAGUGGAAAAGUGGGCGUGCAACUAAAAAGUGAGAACGCUGGAGGGUUUGGUAUGACUAUUCAAGGAAACAUGAACGAAGGUAUUUAUGUAAAAGAAAUUGCACCAAUGGGUGCAGCUGACCAAACUGGAAAUAUCCUUCCUGGAGAUCGCAUCAAAACGUUAACAAUUUGUUUCGAUAAUAUGGUAUAUGAGGAUGCGUUGACGUUAUUGAGCUAUGCCUCACCGUAUCGAGUUAAAUUCGAACUUGAACGAAAAAUUGAGACACCUCCACCAAUGGAUGGUGAAGCAACAAAUGCUCGAAUUCAUCCAUUGUUCAGAAGUAACACGCUCACUCAUAUACAGUUCAAUCCUACAAGCAGAGCCUCCUCCAGAGCCUCAUCAGCUGAGACGACAGAAAAAAUCGAAAAACCAAGUUCACCCGAGAGUGAUGAGAAACUUACGAAAACGUCAGUUGAGAACUCUCGAAAAAGUGACGACAUAGAGAUGGUGGAACAGAAAUCGGAACAAACGAACGUUAUGAACACACCCUCACCUGAACCUUUGCUCACAAAAGUGAUCAGUGAAGUGGCUGACAGUACUACCAUAGAUACGGAUAUGUCAAAAAUGGAAAGCAGUGAUUACGCAUCGGAUAACACAUCUGAAUAUCGUGAAAGUGAAUCUGAUUACGGUAACGGUAGUCAACUGAUGUUGUCACCGCAACAUUCACAGCAUACAAUUAGUGAUCGAAUGGAGAUCACUGACGUAAUUGCGGACAAGCCAAUGACAUCUCCAACAUCUCUUCCACCCAAAGUUGAAUACUGUAAAGCUCUACCGCCAAAGUCAAAGCCGAUCACUUCACGGUCACCAUCACCAAAGGUGAAACUCACGUCAAAAUCUCCUUCUCCAGUGCCACCAAUCAAGGAAGAAAUCCAUGAACAAAAAGAAACGAUAACCUCACCGAAAAGAACGUCGCCAAUCAGUAAAAUUCCAUCUGGACCUACGCAACGAAUUGUGGCGGAUUCUUCGCAAGGACCGCCUGAAUUUAUCGAAGCGAAGACAUCGCGUAUUCCAAAGCGAACAGAUAGCGUGAAAACGCCUAUCAUCGAACGUAAACUACCACAACUUCCAAAAUCUGUCACUCAGCGGAGUCACAGCACUGAGGACAAGGAACGUGGCGACGUUUGGAGUAGACUUUAUAUGGAUAAGAAGGCGAAUUUAAGAAAAACUCGUGAAAUGAGUGUAGUAACCAGAUCAGUAACUGGAGAACAGGAGAUCACAUCGACGAUCACCUCACCGUUACAAUCUCCGAAACCAAAUCGAACCUCAGCAGCUGAGCUUAGAUUUGGGACCCUUGAUCGUGAGAAAAGGGAACGUCUAGCAGCAAAUCAAGAUGUGUUGGAUCGACAAACAGAAGAAUUACGAAAGUUAGGCAUUUUGUAA